AGCAGUGGUGGCGGCCCUCGCUCGUGUCUCGAUUUCUGCUUGCAGUCGACCUCCCGGCCAUGGCGGGACCCCAGGAGUUUCUGAGUGGGAAGCUCCGGCUCUGCUUCACCCCUGCCGCUCGGACCAGCCUCUUGCUGCUCAGGCUCAACGAUGCGGCGCUGCGGGAGCUGCAAGAGUGUCAGCGGCAACAGGUUCGGCCAGUGAUUGCUUUCCAAGGCAACCGAGGGUACCUAAGGUUCCCAGGCCCUGGCUGCUCCUGCCUCUUCUCCUUCAUAGUGUCCCAGGUUGGCCAGGAGGGCCCUGGUGGUGGCUUGGACCUUGUGUACCAACGCUCAGGCAGAUCUGGGCCUAACCGCCUCCAUUGCCUGGGCCCACUCAGGGAGCGUCUCACUAUUUGGGCAGCCAUGGAUUCUAUCCCAGCCCCAUCUUCACUUCAGAGACACAACCUGACUGAAGAUUCCAGAGAUCCUGAGAACUGGCAGAACAUGGGAGAUUAUUCUGGAGGUGCAGUUUCACAGCCACAGAUGGCACUAGAGGAGGUGCCAGAUCCACGGGCAAGCAGCCAAGGAUGGUCACUCCCAGGAUCCUCAAGGAAACACAUGGCACAUUGGGAAGUGAGGAACCAGACCCAUCUUCCAAACAGAGAGCCUGAUCAGGCAGUGCCUUUUUCUGCUAGCCAGAAACAUCUGAACAAGAAACGUCCAGCACCUGCAGCUGCUAUCGAACUGAAAGAAAAGAGGCUCAGAACUCUGCCUCUAGCUCCAAGUUCCCUACAAAAGCUGGCCAGGCAGGACCUACGAGAGGGAGAAGAUUGGGAACAAGAAGAUAAACAUGAAGACAUGGGCUCCAGGCUGGAGCACAGUCCCUCAGUUCAAGCAGACUCUGAAUCCCCAAGGCCUGAAGAGGUACCAGAUUACUUCCUGCAAUAUGGGGCCAUCCACACUGCAGAGCAGCAACUUGCUUAUGAGCAGGACUUUGAGAGAGAUUACGCUGAAUACCGCAUACUGCAUGCUAGAGUUGGGGCUGCAAGUCAAAAGUUCAUAGAGCUGGGAGCAGAGAUCAAGAGAGUUCAGCGAGGAACUCCAGAGCACAAGGUACUGGAAGAAAAGAUAAUCCAGGAAUAUAAAAAGUUCAGGAAGAGGUACCCAGGUUACAGGGAAGAAAAGCGUCGCUGUGAGUACCUGCAUCAGAAAUUGUCUCACAUUAAAGGUCUCAUCCUGGAGUUUGAGGAAAAAAACAGAGGCAGCUGAAGCAGUCAGAGGGCUAUUGACCCUCUCUGCCCAGUGAUAUGAAGGAAUAAAGCAGCUAUAAACUAAAUAGAGUGCAACUGUCUGCUCUUGUUAUUGCUGAAACUAUGGUGACAGGAGAGCUGCUCUAGGUUAAGAUUUGAUUUUCAUUGUUGCCAUAUUUUAAUUUUUCAGGGUGUAGGUAUAGUGCCAACACUCCAUAGCUGUGCCCAGGAGACUAAUAAAAGCAGCAGAGGCUUGGCUUCUCCACCUUUAGUUCAGCGAAGUCAUUUUCAAAUCCUGAGAAAUGACACUAUUUCCAGGACAAGAUACCUCUAGGAUGUUAGAAUUCAGCC